AGGGAAAAAGAGGACAGGACCCGGACAUUACUAUGGCCACAGCUGACAGUGGCGUGAAACCUCUUCAAAAUGCCAUGAAAAUGGCCAAAGUAGCGAUCCAGCUGGACGGAGGGAGCAGACAUGAGGAAGCUUACUGUGAAUACCUCCGGACCAUCAACUAUAUAUCCCAUGCACUUUUGGAGGAAGCCGGGACACAAACCUCAGAGGAGAGGGAGAUGGUAGCGGUGGAGCGGAUGUUGAGACUGGCUGAGCAGUGCCUGGAGCGAGCCAAGUCAUUUAUAGAGAGGAACCGCCCUGAUCCCCCUGACUUCUCUUCCUCUGCCUCUGCGUCCUCUUCCUGUUCACCUGGCCAAUCAGAACCCCAUCAGUCUGCUGUCCUCCCAAUCACCACUGCUGCAAACACUGGGGUUUCUCUCUGCUUGACCUCUGCUGUCACUGUCCCUCCAUCUGGUGUUCCUGUUGACACAGGGUGUGAAGCAACCAGCCCAGCAAAGACUGGUCACCGCAGGGUGAUGUCAGAUGGUGGCGGGGAGCUCUCCCCUUUUCUGCCCCCUGAAGUCUUCCAGAGACUUCAAACAGUAGAGUCACAGGGCACAAGCAAAAAGGAGCUGACACCCAUUGAACAAGCUUCACGUUUGAACCAGAAGUUAAAAGCCGAUUAUGAAGCUCGUCUAGCAAGGCUGACACCUGGUCAGGCCUACCAAAAGACAUCUUUGAUACGGAAAAUGUUUCGGUGUCAAGUGGAGCUCCGAGCGUACUGGAGAAAACUAAAGGCGUUUGUAAAGACACUCUCUCUCCAGCGGCAGAUGAUGGAGAACCUCAUCAUAGCCAAGGCCCGUCAGGAUGCUCUCCAGCGGAAGAUGGAGGAGAGAAGACUUAGGCUACAGGAAGAGGCUAACAGGAGAUUUGCAGCAUCUGGUGCAAUGACUGCAGAGGAGCAAGAGCAGCGAACUCUCUAUACCAGCGUACUAGAGUAUGAACAAGACCAUGAUUGGCCCAAACUGUGGAAAGCCAACAUGAAGGAGAAUCCAAAUGAUGUUACAUUAGUGUCACGUCUAGUCUCCUACCUGCUCAGCCAGUCUGACCACCCUGUGGUGAAGCUGCUGAGGAAACACCAGUACCGGGUUUACAACAGACUCUAUCCUAUGAUUAGCAAAAGCCUCCCCAGAAAAAAGUACAGUUUGUACCAGUUUGGCUCCAUGUCAGGCACAGAUUUAUCAGGACAACAGAUCAAAAGCAAACAAAUCAGGACACCAAAGACCCAGAGGAAGCCAACCAGCACCGUGAGCAGUAGCAGCCAGAGCGUCAGCACCAGCUUGUCACUUUCCCCCUCGCUCUCUCAUGACCUCCACGCCAACUGUGACAAUGAGGAAGGGGAGGAGCUUCCUGCACAGGCGACGGUGGACCGGGAGAACUCGUUUGAAGAUCUGGAACAGUUUCUGACCCAGAUGGACUGGGCCCCACCCCACAGUAGCAGAGGUGACGUCGGCUCAGAUUCAGACCCUACCUGUGAUAGCUCAAUGCUGAAUGAGGGCCAACAGGAGCUGGAGAUGAGAGCACUGAAAGAACAUCUGAAGGCCAUCGUCAAAGACAUUCAUAUUGCAAUUGAUCAGCUUCUGUCAUUGUGUUUGCUGUCCUUUGAGUUUCUAAACACAGCAAGUUCCAAAGACCUGUGCCUUGCCAGCAUAGAGGAGGCUUUCUUCACACCCCUGUGGAGCGCUCUGGUGGCUCUUUUCAGGUAA